AUUUGCAGUUACGGAAACGUGAUGCCUUCAUGAAACGCACACAACGCCAAGCGUUUGGUCGAAAUUGGAUUUCAUUCGUAAUUUGACCGAGAACGGUUUGUGUUUGGCGUAUUUCUAUUGCUGUUGUUGCAGCCAUUUCUAUUUUACUGAAAAUAAUUUAAAGUUAGUACAAAGUCGGAGUAACUCUGCAAGUUACCUAAAAGCAGUUCUAAUAAAUUAAUUUUCAAUACUUGGUACAUACACAAAUUUAUCGAUUUGUGUCAGCAAACACAUCGGAUCAGACGACGAAUUCAGUAGUAUUGUGUCAGCCAACAUGGCGGACGACGAGCAAUUCUCGUUGUGUUGGAAUAAUUUCAACAGCAAUUUGUCGGCUGGUUUUCAUGAGUCGUUAUGCCGUGGCGAUUUAGUGGACGUGACGCUAGCGGCAGAAGGGCAAUUUGUCAAAGCGCACCGUUUAGUUUUAUCAGUGUGCUCGCCCUAUUUUCGCAAAAUGUUCACACAAAUGCCGGCCAAUCAACAUGCUUUUGUUUUUCUCAAAGAUGUAUCUCAUACAGCACUUAAAGACCUUAUACAAUUUAUGUAUUGUGGAGAAGUAAACGUAAAGCAAGAAGCAUUACCAGCGUUUAUUAGUACAGCAGAAGCUCUUCAAAUAAAAGGACUAACAGAUAGCGAUCCACCACCAUCGCAAUCACCAGCGGAACCUUCCACACCUACCCCUCAAAUUCAACAAAUAUCUUCGCCGCGCGUCCGCCAACGAACAUCAACAUCACGUUCGUUUAAAAUCGAAUCUGUGGAGGAUUCUGGAGAUGAUAAACAAACUCAGAUUGUCAUACAAACAACGGCGGCUCCUGCAGCGCAGCAAGUCGUUGUUCAACCGCAAACUCAACACUUGCAGACUCAAAGUCAGACGCAUAUAGCGCCUCAACAAAUUGCAACCACCACCGCCACUACUACAACUGUUGUUACGCAUAAGCGACCAGCGCGAAGUAUUGGAAGUGGGCCCCACAUUAAACGCACCAAAAGUACAAUUGAUCCGCUAGACACAACCGAUGUGUCGACCGGAACACAACAAAUAACUGUACAAACAGCUGUUGUUGCUGCCCCUGCGCCUGAGACUAAAGCACAAGUACAGCAACAACAAAGUGAGCCCGAGUAUAUAGACUUGCCAAUAGAAUUGCCUACAAAAUCGGAACCAGAUUACGCAGAAGAUGCGGGUGAUGUGGAGGGAGGUGAAAAUGAGGCAACUUAUGUAGAAGACGAUUCUUAUGGAGAGCUUAGGUAUGACGAAAGUUAUUUCACUGAAAAUGACGAUACACCCGCAGGAGCGACGACGGUACAAACUGGAGCAGAAACAGCUGGGAGUGUAAAUGCAACUACAUCGAAAGCUUUAGUGAAACAACAACAAUCAUCAUUCACCGACACUUCGUACGACGUGGCGGACCAGGGAAACAGUGACGCACAAGGUUCGUUUGAUGUCUCCUUAAAUAUCGCUAAAAAUAUGAAACCCUCUAUCGAUGUGGAUGAUGCUUCAGACAUACAUUAUAUUUCUAGCCAAAAGGGACGCACCCUAUUAGUACAUAGAGGAUUUCAUUAUGUUCAUGAGAAGCGUAUACACAAUAAGAUUUAUUGGCGUUGUACACAAUAUACAACGCGACGCAAAUGUCACGGGCGCGUACACACGGAGAAUGGGCGCAUUGUGCAUAAAAGUUUUCACAAUCAUAAUGCGUGCACAAUAGUGGAGAGAAAAUCACACAGACUACUAUGUACAGAUAACUAAACAAUUUUAACAAUUUUGAAAAGACACAAAUGUAAAAAUAUCCUACACUUAACAGAAAUGGAAAGUGUUGUAUCAAUUACCUGAACAGCUCUUAGUUGUGUUACGACGAAAGGGAGUUUGAAUGGUUUCAAUUAAAUGCAAAGCACGAAAUGUAAUAUAUAUGCUUAAAAUGUGCUUAUUAUAGAUUUUUUAAAUCUUUAGUUUCUACAAAAAACUGAAAACAAAUAUGUACACAUGUAAAAUGAAUUAAAAAAAUAAUUAUAUAAUAAUUUACAUACAAUAAGUUCAUACUUAGAAAAACAUAAUUUGUAAUCGGUACAUUUUUAAUGAUAUUUUGGAAUUAAAUUUCAAAGAAAUGAAUUUAAUUUAGUUUAUAUAAAUGGAUUUUAAUCUUAAUGAGAUAGUUGAUGCGCUGCGAAAUUUUAGAAUAUAUAUUUCUUAGAGACGCAUUUGUUGGGCACUCUAAAAGUUUUGUGGAAAUUGUUGCCUAAAAAAAUAUUAACCGGAAAAUAAUUCAGGUACUUAAUUUUAACAUAUAACUAAUUAUCAAGUUAAUAAAUUUGCUUUAUUUUCAAUUACAGAUUUCCAACUAAAAAAAUGCAAAAAAGGACGUUUUCAAAAUUAAUAAUUUAAAUUAAAAAUAAUUAAAGGAAUUAUUAUGGUGAUUUAAGAGAAUGAUACGUACUUUCGCGGACGUAAAUUUGCAGAAAAAUUUAGUUUAAAAA